AUGUUGAACAUCCGCUCAUUGCUCGCGGCGCUGACGCUGCUCCUCCUCGUGGUGAACGCCGCGCCGAGCCCAAACCCGCAGAACCGCAGGCCAGGUGGUAGCAACGGAGGGAACGGCAAUGGCAACGGCAAUGGCAACGGCAAUGGCAAUGGCAAUGGCAACGGCAAUGGCAAUGGCAACGGCAAUGGCGGAGGCAACGGGAGAGGGAACAGGCAAACGGCACAGCAGCAGGCGGCCCGGGUGCCUCAGGGAAUCUCCCAGGCCACCGACGGUUCCACGAUCCUCGAUAUGACUGCCGAAGUCAAGGUCUCCAUGCCCGCAGAUCAAUUCGUCGCUGAUAGCCCCGUCAACACGGCCAACCCUGUCGCGGGUGCGGCCCAGACCCCGGGCGCAGCGGGCUCCAUGGGCCUCAACGUGCUCCUCCACGGCGACGGCGGCCAGUCCUUCUUCGACUUUCCCAACCAGGCGGCGCAAGCCAACCUCGCCGGCGUCGCCGUCCUCGCGCCCAAUGCGAACCUCUUCUGGGGCGGCGGCCAGGGCCUCGACCGCACCGACGGCGUGGCCCAUGCUCAGGCCGUCACUGACCUCGUCACCCAGACUCUGCCCCAGGUCGUGGCCUUCAACGCCUCCAAUGUCUUCCUUACCGGAGUCAGCGGCGGCUCCCUCCUGCUCUCCGGCUUCGUCAUGCCCGCCCACAUGGACGCUUUUGGCGCCACGGGCGUCAUGCUCAACUGCGGCGCCAUGCCGCCCCAGGUCGCCGUCACCGACGCCAGCGCCGCCGCUCUCACCGGCGCGCGUGUGCACUUCCAGACAACAAACCAGGAGCUCGACCUGCUGCAGGGCGCCAUACCUGCCGGCAUCCAAGCGUACGAAGACGUCCUGCAGACCCAGGGCCUGUCGGCCGAUCAGAUCAACGCCCUGCAGACCGUCGACGGCACACCCAACGGUGGUCACUGCGCCUUUGACGGUCAGGACUUUGUCUCUGGCGUGCAGCUUAUGGCCGACAACUAUGCCUCUGUGAUGCAGGCCGGUGGCAGCGGUGAGGUGGCGGGUAUUGGUAACGUCAAGACGGGCGUGGUUGGUAAUGAAAAUGUGCAAUUCACGGGGGCGAACAAGAGAAGCAUGGUUGGCUGA